CGCCCAAGAUGGCGGCGCGGCGGCGCCGUGCGCAUGUGCGGGGCCCAUGGCGAGACAAGGGGCCGAAGGCGCGCAGGGCCCGAGGCCGAGAGGGCUCUGAAGGCCGUCAGGCUGCUCCGCUCCCGCCCCGCUGAUGCCCGAGGGAGCCGAGCCAUGAAGGGGCAGCAAAAAGCAGCUGAGACCGAGGAGGGGACGGUGCAGAUCCAGGAAGGCUCGGUGGCCACGGGCGAGGACCCCACGAGCGUGGCCAUCGCCAGCAUCCAAUCGGCCGCCACCUUCCCCGACCCCGGCGUCAAGUAUGUGUUCAGGACCGAGGGCGGCGGCACGCAGGUGAUGUACCGGGUGAUCCAGGUGGCUGACGGGCAGCUGGACGCGCAGACCGAGGGCACCAGCGCCAUCAGCGGCUACCCGGCCACACAGUCCAUGACACAGGUGCGUCACCUGGCCACGCCCACUGCCACACCCACUGUCCCCACCCCGCCUGUGCCUUGCCCAGUCCGGCAGUUUUUCGUGAUGAUGUCACCACAGGAGGUGCUCCCGGGGGGGGCCCAGCGCUCCAUCGCCCCCCGCGCACACCCCUACUCCCCGAAGUCGGAGGCUCCCCGAGCCACGCGGGACGAGAAGCGCCGGGCACAGCACAACGAAGGUACCGGGACAGCCGGGACCCCGGCCCUGAGGGACACCCCGGCCCUGAGGGACACCCCGACCCCAAAGGGACGCCCCGAUCCCAAAGGGGCACCCCGACCCCAAAGGGACACCCUGACCCCAAAGGGGCACCCCGACCCCAAAGGGACACCCUGA